CAUGCUCAGUUUUUCAGUGUUCAGUUUAUAUUCUGAAGUCAUCUGCACUUUGAAUGCCAUGGCGCAAAAGAGGCGGCAAAGUGACGUCAUCACCCCAGAUAGGAAGCGGCGAGCUCAACGCCUGCAGACUGCAGCAGAGAAAAGACGGCGGCAGCUGAACCAGCCAAUAGCCGCUGCCCUUUCAUGUGCAAGUUGGUUUCCCAGGCAUGAAGCAUUCACAGAAUCUGACCACCCAGAUCAUCCAAAGCGAUUGAAUGCCUGCCUUUGUGGAAUCACUGGCCGUGGAUUGUGGCUAGGAACCCUGACAGUGGCUGAUCGCUUGGCUACAGACGAGGAGCUUUACCUUGCCCACCAACGGGCACAUGUGUCAGGUCUUAAGCGGGCCGAGAAGGCGGCACAACCUGAAGAGGAAGAGGAGGACACGGAAAGGAACCUGGGCAGCGUGAUUUGGCUUCCGCGAGCUGGUCAUUUAGCGAAGAUUGCUUCCGCUGAUUUCCCACGAGUUCGUGGCACAAAGUCCGACACGUUUGUGACAGCAACAUCGUUGGAAGCCGCAAGGGCUUCGGUUGGAGGUUUGCUUGAGUUGGUGGACGAGUGCCUCCUUCGAACCAAAGUUCCUGGCUUUGCACUGUGCCGGCCUCCUGGCCACCAUGCGGGGAUCAGCAGCAGCACGGGAUUUUGCCUUGUCAACAACGUGGCCAUUGCGGCUCGCUAUGCCCAACGAACGUAUCCGGACUUGAUCAAUCGAGUGAUGAUUUUUGACUGGGAUGUCCACCACGGGCAGGGCACUCAAGAGAUCUUCUGGAAGGAUCCGAAUGUGCUGGUGGUCAGUGCGCAUUUGUUUGCAAAGGGGUUCUACCCGAAUUCUGGCACCGCGGAAGAAGUAGGCGAGGACGAAGGCCGUGGCUACAACAUCAAUAUUGCGUUGCCCGUCGGCUACACGGACGAGUGCCUCAUGCGAGUCUUUGAUGAUGUGCUCCUUCCGGCUGCAAGACGCUUUCGGCCUGACCUUAUCCUGGUCAGUGCAGGUCCGAGACACGUGAACACGGUUAAUUCCAUGUUUUGGUGGUUCAGUGCGUCUCGCCAUGAGGUUGGACCCAAAGUUUCGGUUCGACAGGUUCUGUUCCAAAACCUUUGACGAUUCUGAACCGUCGAGUCGAGGUUUUGUUGUUUGCGUUUUGUCCAGGUUUUGACGCCAUGGUUGAUGACCCCCUAGGGGAAGCCCAGUGUACUGCAGCUGGUUUUGGUCAGCUCACCCGACGCCUGUGGAACCUUGCGGCAGAGCUUGCGAAAGGCCGCUUGAUCUUUGCUUUGGAGGGCGGUUACCACGUUGGCUGCUUGGCACAGGGCACAGCGGCAGUGCUGAAGUCGUUGCUGGAGAGGACAGAUGAAAAGGAGGGUCCAAAGUUGGCCAAGGCUCCUGAAGACUCGAUUCAGGCGAUUGGUCCGCAGGGUCCCUUGCCAGAAUCGAUUCAGGCGAUUUGGGCGACGCGUCGGGCGCAUCAAGACUUGUCGAUGCAACUGGGCAAUGGGGCAGUGAUGCCCUUCCGCAAGAGAAGUCGCGAGCAGAGCGAGCAGAGCGAGCAGAGCGAGCAGACGCCCAAGCUACUUGAAGCGGACGGAGUCUGAGUCAA